AUGUCUCCUAUCCUCGGUGCUCAUACAGUCUCGUCCCCGGUUCCAUUACCCGGAACUUCCUCGGAGGUCACAAAUCCCCUCGAGCGCAAGCUCAGCCGGUCACUUUCCAUCAAGACUAACGCGUCUCGCGCUUCCUCUACUGGCUCCAUUCCAUUCGGAGAUGUCGAAGUCGAGGUCAUCACCGUAGAAGGUUUGCCUCAUGCGUACACCAAACUAGAUGCCAGGAAGUACAAAACACCCCAGUUCCGCGAAUCACUGCUCGACGUGCUCCUCGCGAUACCGGUCACGUCUUGGUUAGACGAUGAAAUUACCCCAGACCUCGUGAAAAUUGAGAAAGUCGCGGGUUCGCUUACGAACGCGGUCUUCUUCGUAUCGUGUCCAUCCAUACCGAAAGCCCGCACUCUGUUGCUUCGAAUCUACGGGCCGUCGUCUGGCGCGCUCAUCAACCGAGCGCGCGAGCUCUAUACCCUGCACGUCCUGUCCUCACAGUACCGCAUUGGCCCGCGGAUUUACGGCACAUUCGAGAACGGGCGGAUUGAGGAAUACUUCGAUUCUACUGCGCUUACUGCCUCGGAGCUGCGCGAUCCUCGUAUCAGCCGCUACAUCGGCGCUCGCAUGGCCGAGCUGCAUUGUGUGGACAUCGAGGCGGUCGAACAAACAACUCCGGAAACACGAGGCGAAGGCAGAGGCUGGGAAGUCGCAGCCAAGAAGAACUUCAGGACGUGGCUUCCGGCGGCACGCGACGUGCUCGAACUGCCGUCCGUCACUGCGGAGACGCGCGCGGAACUGGAUCUCGACGUUCUCAAGGAUCGGUGGAUCACCUACAUUCAAUGGCUUGACCAAUUCGAGCGCGAAGAGGGCCCGAGCAAACGGGUGUUCGCUCACAACGACACUCAGUAUGGCAACCUUUUAAGGUUGACAAAACCUAAAGAAGGUAUUCCAGAACAUCGUCAGGUGUGUUCUUGUUGUCCCGCUGACGAUUUCACACAGAUAAUUGUGGUCGAUUUUGAAUAUGCGGCGCCCAAUUCUGCCGCUUUCGACAUCGCCAAUCAUUUCCACGAGUGGACCGCGAACUACCACGGCUCCACCCCCCACCUUCUAGACCACACUCGUUACCCCACUCUCGAGCAGCGCCGCAACUUUUACGCGACGUAUCUUGAGCACUCGUGCCCGCCACUGCCGUCGUCCGAACAGGCAUGCAUCCCGCUCACCGGCAGCGACUUGGAGAAGGAGAUGCAGAAACUCGAGGAGCAGGUUCGCGCCUGGAGCCCCGCGUCACACGCAAUGUGGACAGUUUGGGGUAUAGUCCAAGCGCGCGAUGAUAUGGAACGCAACGAUGGCCAGGCGGAGUUCAAUUACAUCGGAUACGCGCAGUGCAGGUUAGAAGGCUUUCACAGGGAACUACAGGCUCUGGGACUGUGA